UCCGAAGCUUCCGGUCUAUGGGAGCAACUUCCGGUCCAAACAACCGGUGUCCGUGUGCUUUAGUCCGGAGCAGCUUUUGAAUUUGUCUGACCUGAUUGUGUUUAAAGUUUCCACAGAGGAGGAAUCUUCCCCUCCUGUCAGUCCACCAUGGCGGACAUCAAGAACUUCCUGUAUGCCUGGUGUGGGAGAAGGAAGCUGACUCCAAGCUACGACAUCCGAGCCGCAGGCAACAAAAACAGGCAGAAGUUCAUGUGUGAGGUCCGAGUCGACAGCUUCAACUACACCGGGAUGGGAAACUCCACCAACAAGAAGGACGCCCAGACCAACGCCGCCAGGGAUUUUGUCAAUUAUCUGGUCCGAAUCGGGGAAAUGAACGCAGCGGACGUCCCAGCUGUUGGGGUGAGUGUUCCAGAGCCAGACCAGCCAGACGGAGGAGGAGGAGGAGGAGGAGGAGGAGGAGGAGGAGGAGGAGGAGGAGAUAGUGAUUUUGGAAACCUCCCAUCCAGCGGCCCUUUACCACCUCACCUUGUAGUGAAAGCUGAGCAAGAGGAGGGCGGCAGCAGUGGGCCGGUUCCAGGAGUGACUGGACUGGGCUACUCAGGAGGAGGCAACUCUGGGUGGGGAGGAGCAGGAGGAGCUCAGUGGGAACGAGGAGCUAACCUGAAGGAGUACUACGCCAAGAAAGAGGAGCAGGAGGCCCAAGCGACUCUGGAGUCGGAGGAGGUGGACCUGAACGCUAACCUUCACGGGAACUGGACCCUGGAGAACGCCAAGGCCCGUCUGAACCAGUUCUUCCAGAAGGAGAAAAGCAGUGCUGAGUAUAAAUACAGCCAAGUGGGACCGGACCACAACAGGAGCUUCAUAGCGGAGAUGCAGCUGUUUGUGAGACAGCUGGGCAGAAGGAUCACGGCUCGAGAACACGGAUCCAACAAGAAGCUGGCGGCUCAGUCCUGUGCUCUGUCGCUGAUCCGGCAGCUUUACCACCUGGGAGUGAUCGAGGCGUACUCUGGAGUCACCAAGAAGAAAGAGGGAGAAACUUUGGAGGCAUUUGACGUCAGCGUGUCACCGGACCUUCAGCAGCAGUUGUCCAGUGUUGUCCAGGAGCUCGGCGUCCACAUCCCCCCACCUCCUGAGGACCCCAGCAGCCCGGUGUCUCUGGUUCAGGGAAAGAUGGCGACGUUCGAUCCGUCACAGCGUCAGACUGGAGCCGGCGUCGUCCCCUGGUCUCCUCCUCAGGUCAACUGGAACCCGUGGACCAGCAGCAACAUCGAUGAGGGACCGCUGGCCUACUGCACUCCGGAGCAGAUCAGUGGCGAUCUGCAGAGCGAGCUCAAAUACCAGCUGAUAAAUGACGACAACCUGCAGAAGAUCCUGACGGAGCGCAAGCAGCUACCUGUCAAACAGUUCGAGGAGGAGAUCAUGGCGGCCGUGGAGAAGAACCCGGUGGUGAUCAUCAGAGGGGCCACAGGGUGCGGUAAAACCACCCAGGUUCCUCAGUACAUCCUGGACCGCUUCAUCCAGAGCGGCCGGGCGUCAGACUGCAACAUCGUGGUCACCCAGCCCAGGCGGAUCAGCGCCGUGUCCGUGGCCGAGCGAGUCGCCUACGAACGAGGGGAGGAUCUCGGGAAAAGUUGCGGCUACAGCGUCCGUUUUGAGUCCAUCCUGCCCCGACCCCACGCCAGCGUCCUCUUCUGCACCGUCGGUGUUUUGCUGCGGAAGCUGGAAGCAGGAAUCAGAGGCAUCAGUCACGUAAUCAUCGACGAGAUCCACGAGAGAGACAUCAACACGGACUUCCUCAUGGUCGUCCUCAGAGACGUGAUCAAGGCCUACCCGGAGGUCCGCGUCAUCCUCAUGUCGGCCACCAUCGACACCACCAUGUUCAGAGAAUACUUCUUCAACUGUCCCGUCAUCGAGGUGUUCGGACGCACCUUCCCCGUCCAAGAGUAUUUCCUGGAGGACUGCAUCCAGAUGACUCACUUCGUCCCUCCACCGAUGGACAGAAAGAGGAAAGACAAAGACGAGGACGGUGGAGACGAUGACACGAACUGUAACUUGAUCUGCGGACCGGACUACACGGCGGAGACGAAGAGCUCGAUGGCUCAGAUCAACGAGAAGGAGACGUCGUUCGAGCUGGUGGAGGCUCUGCUGAAGUACAUCGAGACGCUGCAGGUGGCCGGAGCUGUUCUGGUCUUCCUGCCCGGUUGGAACCACAUCUUCUCCAUGCAGCGACACCUGGAGACCAACCCACACUUUGGAAGUAGCCGGUACCGGAUCCUGCCGCUCCACUCCCAGAUCCCCCGAGAGGAGCAGAGGAGGGUGUUUGAACCGGUUCCUGAAAACGUGACCAAGGUGAUUCUGUCCACCAACAUCGCAGAGACGAGCAUCACCAUCAACGACGUCGUCUACGUCAUCGACUCCUGCAAGCAGAAAGUGAAGCUCUUCACCUCCCACAACAACAUGACCAACUACGCCAACGUCUGGGCCUCCAAGACCAACCUGGAGCAGAGGAAAGGCCGAGCCGGCAGAGUGCGACCCGGCUUCUGCUUCCACCUCUGCAGCCGAGCUCGAUUCGAGAGGCUGGAGAGUCACAUGACUCCAGAGAUCUUCAGGACUCCGCUGCAUGAAGUCGCUCUGAGCAUCAAGCUGCUGAGACUCGGCGCCGUCGGACACUUCCUGUCCAAGGCCAUCGAGCCGCCGCCGCUGGACGCCGUCAUCGAGGCCGAACACACCCUGAGAGAGCUGGACGCUCUGGACACCAACGACGAGCUGACCCCUCUGGGCCGGAUUCUGGCCCGGCUGCCCAUCGAGCCUCGUCUGGGGAAGAUGAUGAUCAUGGGCUGCAUCUUCCACGUUGGAGAUGCCAUGUGCACCAUCUCGGCCGCCUCCUGCUUCCCGGAGCCGUUCAUCAACGAGGGGAAACGCCUCAGCUUUGUCCACAGGAACUUCGCCGGCAGCCGUUUCUCGGAUCACGUGGCGCUGCUGUCGGUCUUCCAGGCCUGGGACGACGUCAGGAUCAACGGCGAGGAGGCAGAAAAUCGCUUUUGUGAACACAAACGUCUCAACAUGGCGACUCUGAGGAUGACCUGGGAGGCCAAAGUCCAGCUGAAGGAGAUCCUGGUCAACGCCGGAUUCCCUGAAGAGUGUUUGCUGACGCAGAUGUUCAACACGGUGGGACCCGACAACAACCUGGACGUGGUGGUUUCUCUGCUGACCUUCGGCUCGUAUCCCAACGUCUGCUACCACAAGGAGAAAAGGAAGAUCCUGACCACCGAGGGGCGCAACGCCCUCAUCCACAAGUCCUCCGUCAACUGUCCCUUCAGCAGCCAUGACAUGACGUACCCGUCGCCGUACUUCGUCUUCAGCGAGAAGAUCCGAACCAGAGCGAUUUCGGCGAAAGGCAUGACUCUGGUCAGCCCUCUGCAGCUGCUGCUGUUCGCCUGCAAGAAGAUCACGUCCGACGGAGAAAUCGUGGAGCUCGACGACUGGAUCAAACUGAGGAUUCCUCACGAGGUGGCGGGAGGCAUCGCGGCUCUGCGGGCCGGACUGGAGGCUCUGGUGGUGGAAGUGACCAAAGACCCAGAAUACAUCAACCAGAUGGACCAAACCAACGAGAGACUGCUGAACAUCAUCAGACACAUCUCCAAACCGUCAGCGGCCGGACUCAACCUGAUGGUCAACAACCAGAGGAUGGGAGACGGACCUCGACCUCCGAAGAUGGCUCGAUUUGAUGGAGGAGGAGGAGGAGGAUACCGAGGGGGAGGAGGGGGAGGUUACAGAGGAGGAUAUGGAGGAUACAGGGGAGGUGGGGGAGGAUAUGGAGGAUACAGGGGAGGAGGGGGAGGCUACAGGGGAGGCGGUGGCUAUGGAGGAGGAGGAGGAGGAUACCGGGGUGGGGGAGGUUACAGAGGUGGAGGAGGGUAUGGAGGGGGAGGAGGAGGUUAUAGAGGAGGGGGAGGAGGAGGAGGAGGGUAUGGAGGAGGACAGGGAGGGUAUGGGGGUGGAGGAGGAGGAGGAGGAGGAGGAAGAGGAGGCUACAGGGGAGGAUAUUAACGUCCUGACAGCCUCCAGUCUUCUUCUUCUGCUGUUUAGCGACGCCACAAAUCUUCAUCUUCUUCUUCUUCUUUGUUGUAAGCAGCAGCUGUUAGAAUCUGUUCCUGUCGAUCAGCGAUCAAUAAAUAAAUCAAUCUGUCAUGUUUCUCCUCCA